AUGUCGCUUGCGGGGGAAAGUGCUCGCCGCCGCGUGCGGAGGCUGGCUACCAUGGGUGAGUAUGAGCUCGCUGACACGCUUGCGCAAAGUGAUUGCGCUCAACGCGAAAUGGCGCUCUCUGCGGCGGCCAUGCGGUUGGAAAGAGAGGGUGCCCAGCAGUGGAAUGCGCUGCAAAGAGCCAAGGCCCAGUGCCUUUUGCAGCAGCAGCGCGCCGCUUUGCAGGAGGAGCGCGCCCACUUUGAGCGUCUUAUCUGCGCACAAUCUGAGCGAUGUCGAUCGAGGGAAGAGGAGCUGGACCGGUUUGCCGCCGCUGAGACUGCGAAGCUGAACACCAAGCCGGUAACCGUUCCUCGCGAGGUGCUGUUACUGCAGCAGCAGGAGACACAGCUGAGAUGGGAAGGUAGCUUUGCUGCUGCUGCCCAGUGCCGACGCGAAGCGAAUCGCCUGGAAAGAGAGUUGUUUGGCGCUUAUUUGUCGAGUCAAGGCAGCCUCCUCGACCACCGUAUCGCUCGUCGGGCAGCUGCCUUGCUCACGCGGGAAAAUAUAGCGGUAGAGAAGGAUAAUGCCAGCGUUUUUGCGCUGCGAGCGAAGCAUGAAUGGGACCAUCGACGUACCGCGGCGCAACUGAGACACGUCGAAGAUGGAAUGCUCGCCGUGCAGAGACGCGCACAUCGCCGCCUGCAGGAGACGCAUGCGUGCGACGGCGUGCUAAGUGCUACACACGCCAAGACUCAACGCGGCACCGUACUGGAAAAGCGUGUGUAUGGCGAUGCCUACCGUCUGCCGUCGCUGUGCGAGCUGUACGGUCCUCUACUGGAAGACCGUCCCUCUACCUCGCCAGCCCUGUAA